GACCCUGUGCUGGUCCUGGGGGACUCCUCUCCCCCGUCCUAUGACACCAGCAGGAAAUAGAGCGUACUGUCUCUUUAAGAAGCAGUUUCGCUGUGUGUGAAGUUCACGAUGGGGUCACUUGAAGUUCCUGCCCUGGAUUUUACCUUGUAGUUUUAUAUAGCUACACAUCACAUGGGGCGCUAACAGCCCGGGCUCACAGAGGCUCCAUUAUCUCCCCGACACACACCGACCAGGGCAGCAGAGGAGCCCAGCGGGGCUGGCAUGGUGCAGGGGAGGCUGGCAGCUGGAGUCUGACAUCUAUACCGCCCUGCCACAGCCCGGGGAUGGUCACUCACUCAGAGAUCAGCUGUGUGGACACCGCUGGGCUGCCAGGUGGACAACUAAACACGAUGCUGGAUGCCAUGGAGGUACCAAGUCAUUCCAGACAACUUCUACUGCAACUCAACAGCCAGAGGACUAAAGGCUUCUUGUGUGAUGUGAUCAUUGUGGUACAGAACGCCCUCUUCAGGGCACAUAAGAACAUUUUAGCUGCUAGCAGUGUCUACUUGAAAUCACUGGUUGUCCACGAUAACUUGAUCAACCUGGACCAUGAGAUGGUCAGUCCCAGCAUCUUCAGAAUCAUUCUAGACUUCAUCUACACGGGAAGACUGGGAGAUGGUGAGCCAACUAGUGAGCAGCUCUUUGGGGCUGUGCUGGCCGCUGCCAGCUACCUCCAGAUCGCUGACCUGGUAUCUCUAUGCAAGAAGAAGUUGAAGAGAAAUGGAAAAUACUGCCAUGUAAGGACAACAGGUUACUCUGGUUAUGGGAGUCUGGGAAGGGGUCUCAGAGCCACCACCCCUGUCAUUCAGUCAUGUUUCAAUUCAACUCCAAGACAAGUAGACAUUCCACCUGGAGAACCAGUGAACUCCCUAAAUACACACUGUGGGGAGCUCUAUGCCUCUAUAUCUCAGAGUCAGUUGCACCAACAUGGGAUGUGCCCACCAGAAAGGCAUUGCUCUCCUUUGUGUGGACUAGAUCUUUCCAAGAAAAGUCCAAGCCAACCCUCUAACCAGCUCCACUCAGAUGCAACAGAUAGCAGGGAGCCCUCCAUUCCAGUCAGACCGGAAAGCCCCCCAGUCAGUGCCAGCGUUCUGACCAACAGCAACUCCUACAAAGACCAAAGCCAUGGUUACCCAAAGCUGGACAGCAGCAGCACCCCACCAGCCCAACACCCCGAAACCUUUAGAAACAGUGUUCCCAACAGCCACCUUAGGACUGAGAGUCGUGAUCUGAUGUUUGACUGGAUGAAGCCUGAGCCAAUUGGAAGUUAUGUAGAUGAAAGUGACAGAGAGAAAGACUUGGACAGAGAGGAGAAAGGAGAGAGUUCCCCUUUAUCUCAGCAACCCCGAUAUCCCAGCAUUGAGAGUAAUGAGCCAGAUGAUGAUAAAAGCACCAGCGAGGAGACUGGCAGCAGUGGGGACCCCUCUCCUUCUUCCAACCUUGAGAGGUACCAUUGUAACCACCUGUAUGAUCCAGAGACCUAUGGAGACAACCUGUAUGUCUGCAUCCCUUGUGGGAAAGGGUUCCCCAGCAGUGAGCAGCUCAAUGCCCAUGUGGAAGCUCACAAUGAAGAAGAGCUGUACCACAAGGAUAGCAUGGAGCCACCAGUGCCAUUUCUAGAUAAGACCAGCCAAAGUCUGGGGGACAUCAUCAGGCCCUACAGGUGCUCUUCCUGUGAAAAGUCCUACAAAGACCCAGCUACCUUACGCCAGCAUGAAAAGACUCAUUGGCUCACUCGUCCUUACCCCUGCAGUAUUUGUGGUAAGAAGUUCACCCAGAGAGGAACAAUGACCCGCCACAUGAGAAGCCACCUAGGGCUCAAGCCAUUUGCUUGUGAUGCUUGUGGGAUGCGUUUCACACGACAGUAUCGUCUGACAGAGCACAUGAGGAUCCAUUCUGGGGAAAAACCCUAUGAAUGUCAAGUAUGUGGGGGAAAGUUUGCUCAGCAGAGGAACCUCAUAAGUCACAUGAAAAUGCACACCACUGGGCCAGAUGGGAAACCCAAACUGGACUUUCCGGACAGUGUCUAUGCUAUGGCCAAGUUUACUGCAGAUCACCUGGGCCUUAAACAAGAAAAAGCAGCUGAAAUCCUCUCCCAGACCUCACACUUUCUUAAUGACCCCAAAACUAUAGAGAGCCUCUACCCUUUGGCCAAAUUCACAGCAGAACAGUUUGGACUAACACAUGAAAAAGCUGCAGAGGUCUUAACCCAAAGUCAGCACCUGGGCAGUGAUAGCAGGAUCAUUGAAAGGUUCUCUUCUCCUUAGCGACCUUUUCUUCAGUUCUGGGACUACAAAUCCAAGUGUCCCAGAAUGAAAUCCAUGUGCACCAGAAAGGGCAAUAAAGACAAUAAAUGUUCCUACAGCUCGUCCUGCAAUGACAUGGGGGCAGAUUCUGGGCUUCCAAACCGCGAGUGCCCAGGACUAUGACCCUGUGACCGGGCAGAGGUGCCACAUUGCACUGGCAGAUAGACUUCUGGUGCACAAGAAAACCCUUCCAUCAUGUAGACAACCUUCCCCUGCCCAAGGUAGUGGUGAGAGUUGCUGCUUUUUUUGCCCUAUGAAUGGCGGACCUUUAUGUAGAAGUCAUAUUGUAUUUUUGUAUUGUAAGGACAAUCAGAUGCAGAAAUCAGUAUUUCCCAAAUGUACAGUAACUAUGCAAUAGAAAAUGCCCUGUAAAGAUGUGAAGAGGCUUCCCAGGUUUCCUCUGCAGACGUAAUACCAGGGCAAUAUACGUAAGCCGCCCUUGACUUACACUAGUGACACUGAAUUGGGGAGGACUGGAACAUGAUGUGCUUCUUCUGCAAUGCUGAGGACUCUAUGCAAUAUGCUGGGGAAAAAAAAACA